CUUUACAAUCAUCACACCACAAACCAAGAAACAGGUCAUCCUUACACUGCUAGUACUGUAGUACAGUAUAUUGCCAACACCCAGUGUCAUCAGAUUUAGGUAAAUGACAGAAAAACUGACACACUAGUGUCAGCACCAAGCUUCCUGAAGCAUACUACACUGUCAUUUUUUUUAUUAAUACAUCUUGGCCAUUUCUGAAAAAAGAAGAAACACUUGCAAAAAAAGAAGAAAGAACUCCAAAAAUGAAUAAACACUUUCAUCAUUCACCCCAUCACUGUCUUGCCAGAGGCACGCCUACACUGCAGUUAAAAAAACUGUAGCACAUCAACACGCCUUCUUCAGAGUGCAGGCACUGUACUUCCCACAUCCAAGGGUCAAGUCUGCCUUGCCUGUUUCCCUGAAUCCCUUUAUAUAUGUUACUUUGCUUAUACUCCAACAGCAUGUCAAGUCAUGAAAACCAUUUGUCUCCACUCCAUAUAUUAGCGUCAGCACCAAGUUGUAAUCUGUUAGAAAUACUUCAGCUGUAGUAUUACGUAUAUGGUUGAACUUAACAAUCUUGGUAUAUAAUCUCAAACUGGCUCAUGAGUAGUGUUGUUCAUUCUGAAGCAACAGCUAAUAUUAGUGAAGAGAAUCAUCCUCACAUUAAAAGUAAUGUGCAUGUUACUAAAAACUGAGAUGGAAUUUUUUGUAUGAAGACUUGAUUAUGAGACUAUAUGGAAAGAUGCUCCCAUCAUUUGUCAAUAUUUCUUGUAAUAGUCUUCAGUGAAAGAAUGUAUUAGAUAUGAGGUAAUACAGAAGAUAAAGCACAAAAAUUUUCAGAGUACAGAAGGUAUACCUUCAGGAUAUGUGAGUAUUUACACAUGAUAAAAGUAAUAGAUUUAUUCAUUGCCUUUAAUGACUUUGCCCAAAAUAAUGCAAACUACUGCAUGUCAUAGGAGAAAUAAAUGUAUUUAAUAUUUAAAACUCGAAAAAAAAAAUAUGGAAAGCAUGAGAGUUCAUUCAGUAAAAAUACCUCAUCAGUGUGCAGUUUGUUCAAAAGUAUUUUCAUGUAGGUCUCAUCUCAAUAGACAUCAUACGGUUCAUACAGGAGAAAAACCAUUUCAUUGCCCAGUGUGUCAAAAAGGCUUUAAUGAUAACUACUCACUAAAAAUACAUCAGAGAAUUCAUACAGGAGAGAAACCAUAUCAGUGUUCAGAAUGUCUGAAAGACUUUAUUGAUAAAUCCUCAUUAAAACAACAUCAAAGAAUUCAUAUGGAAGAAAAACCAUUUCAGUGUUUGGUAUGCCAAAAAAGCUUUAAACGAAGUAGUUACUUGAAUAUACACAUGAGGGUUCAUACUGGAGAUAAACCAUAUCAUUGCUCAGUGUGUCAAAAGAACUUCACUUUUAAAUCCUUAUUAAAACAACAUCAAAGAGUUCAUACUGGAGAGAAACCAUAUCAGUGUUCAGAAUGUCUUAAAAAAUUUAAUUAUGAAUUCUCACUAAAAGAACAUCAGAGAGUUCAUACAGGAGAAAAACCAUUUCAGUGUUUAGUAUGCCAAAAAAGCUUUAAACGAAGUUGUCAUCUGAAAAUACAUAUGAGAGUUCAUACUGGAGAGAAGCUAUAUCAGUGCCCGGCAUGUCCAAAGAAAUUUUCCAUAAAAUGCUCUUUAGUAAAACACAUGCGCACUCAUACUGGAGAAAAACCAUAUCAGUGUUCAGAAUGUUCAAAGGCAUUUUCAAAACACUAUGUUUUAGUUGAUCACAUGUCAGUUCAUACUGGACAUAAGCCAUAUAAGUGUUCAGAGUGUCAGAAAGGUUUUUCUAGUAAAGGAAAGUUAGUAUUACAUAUGAAAGUUCAUACAGGAGAGAAACCAUAUAGUUGCGCUGUGUGUUCAAAAAGCUUUUCACGAAAAUUAAGUUUAGAAAAGCACUCAAAAAUUCACAGCAGAGAACCUCCAUAUCGAUGUUCAAGGUGUCUAAAAAGUUUUUUGCAUAAAACUAACCUAGUAAAUCACAUGAAAACUCAUAUUCAAGAAACAAUCACUAGCAAUGUUUAGUAUCUAAAAUAUUUUCAAGAUAAUCAUAUCUUGUAAAACAAAUGAUGACUUUAGACUCAGCAUUAAAACCCAAGUGUAAUUGAUGCUUUUCAUUAGAAGCAUAAUAUAUGCAUCAAGUAUAAUGGUUAUGAAAGAAUACAAAUUCAGAUUCAGCAACAAUGACUAAAAAUUCACUUUAAACAAUUUGUUUAUCCAUGUCUGUCAGAAAUAACUGAAGUCAAGUUAAUGGCAAAGGGGUUCAUUAUUGAGGUAUUGAAACCCCUUGACCAGGUCCUCAAAUUGAAUCUAAAUAUCCCUAACUCCUCCCUUUCUCCAUCUGUCCUCAUUAAUAGGAAAAUUUCCUUUUCUUUGAUUCUCAGCUCUUAGAGGAAAAAAGAUCACUAUCACGUCUGUCCUGCAUAGUUUCCAUUGGUAGCCUUGCAGUUGUAGUAUCACUCUACCUGAUGGAAAUUGGAUCAUCUCAAGUCAUGUCAUCAUGGAAGGUUCCAUGACACCAUUGAAGAUUUCUUGAUCUAAAGAAUGUAACCUAACCUCUUAUUUCUUGGAUUGAACCUGAUUAUCUUCUCCCCAAGGCAUUGCAUGAUCCCUAUGGGUUUUAGCGAUCCCUAUGAGUGUAAUAAUUGGGACUUGUCAGGUAACAUUUUGGUGAGACAUUGGGAAAGCAUCUGGCAGGGACUCUGAUGAUGGAAUUAUUAGCCAUGGUUGCCUGUACUUCCAGGAAUAACAGCUGAGGAUGUAUAACUCCUGGCAUCCUUUACCAUUCACCUACCAUAUGAUUAGCUGAAAGAUCACAGUUAAUAGUUUUUCUAAGCCUAGCUCAGUUAAUAUGUACUUGAAUUGCUGUACUGGUGUUGUGUAGGGUGAGAGGACUAACAGCACUACCCGUCAGAGCUCUUCCCCCACUUACUUUCUUCAUGAUAAAUGAAAUAACUUCUUAAUUUCUUGGAUCCAAAGUGAUUGUGACAUUUCCCAAGCUCUGUACAAUCAUCUUGGGUUUUACAUUACCCCUAAAUAUAAUUCUAAAAAAAACUUAAACCGACCACAGCACAGCUAUGGGCCCUGCUCAGAACCCAAAAUCACUUUCAGGCAACCAUUCUUUGCCUGAGCAUUGAACCUACUUCUGGUACUUCUGACCCUCGUUCCAACCUAGUCGAACACUUGACGACUCUGCUUUAACACAUAACGUACCUCACUUGUCAUGACAACCCACUACCUAGAAACUUCUUUCACUACAAAAUAUCUAGAAAUAAAUUUUGUGCAAAAUUCUUCAUACUCAAACCUAUGAUACCUAAUUCAUAGAUAUAUGAUCAUCACUUUAAACAAGAACUUUCAUCAUGCUCCAGCAUUUACAUCCAUCAGCCCUUGCAAUCCUUUUAUAUCUCUUUAAUCUUAUAUGGUCACAAGGAGUUCUACCCUAGCUGUGGAAAUCUGCCAUUGUACUACCUUUUUUCGUAAACCAGGUACUUCUGGACUUGAUGCCUCCCAUUAUCAUCCCAUUGCUCUUGCCAGUGCAGUUUGCAAGGUGUUGGAACGUCAGGUAAAUAGACGUUUGAUGUGGUAUUUAAGAGAGACAAUAGUCUCUCCACUAGUCAGUAUGGCCUUCGUAAGGGCCGUUCUACUAUUGACCCCAUACUCCGUUUAGAUACAUGUGUACGUAAUGUCUUUGCCAAUAACUACUUGGUUAUUGCCAUCUUUUUUGAUCUUGAAAAGGCAUAUGACAACUUGGAGAUAUAACAUCUUGGCCCAAGCUCACUCCUUAGGCUUCCAGGGAAAUCUGCCACUUUUCCUUAAAAACUUCUUAUCUGAGAGACAUUUCCAUGUUCGGGUUAAUAAUUUGCUUUCCUCUUAUGGUCCUCUUACAUAUUUUUAAUCUUAUUUGGUCAAAAGGGGUUCUUUGCCAGCUGUGGAAACCUGCCAUUUUUCUGCUUUUUCAUAAACUAGGUACUUAGGGAAAUGAUGCCUCAAACCAUCUUCCCAUUGCUCUUUCCAGUGCAGUUUGUAAAUUGAUGAAACAUCUAGUAAAAAGUUUAGUGUGAUAUUUAAAUUCACACAGUAGUCUCUCCACUAGUCAAUUUGACUUUUGUAAGGGCCGCUCCAAUAUUGACCCUUACUCUGCUUAGAUACCUAUGUUCAUAAUGCCUUUGCUAGUAACUAAUCAGUUAUCACGGUCUUUUUUUUUUUAUUUUGAAAAGGCACAUGACACUACUUGGAGAUAUAAUAUCUUGACCCAAGCUCAUACCUUAGGCCUCCAAGGAAACCUGCCACUUUUCCUUAAAAACUUCUUGUCUGAGAGACAUUUCCGUGUUCAUGUUAAUAAUUUGUUUUCCCCAGACUUUGUCUAAGCUGAACAUGUCCUUCAGGAAUGUGUCCUUAGCACCACUCUUUUUCUACUAACUAUAAAUGUGACCUCUGUUCUCCCAACAAAUAUUUGGUUAUAACUAUGUUGAUAACUUCGCUGUAGCUUGUGCAGGCGCUGACUGCCACCUAGCACCAGCCUCACUCCAGAACGCUGUCAGUAAUGUUUCCAAUUGAGCCACUACUCAUGGAUUUUAAUUUUCUGGUGCUAAAAUGCACCAAAUUACUUUCCAGAGAUCUUCUAUUGUCUCUGAUACUCUGUUGUACCUGUAUGGCUCCCGUAUCCCUGAACAUAAUACGGUCAGAUUUCCCAGCCUUCUGUUUGAUCACUGGCUGUUCUGGAAACCUCGCAUUCCUUCCCUGAAAGCAGAUUGCCAUAGCCAGCUGAACCUCCUUAAAACCCUCGUUCAUCUUUCAUGGGGGUGAAUCGUCGAAGUCUACUUUGAUUUCAUUUAGCCCUAAUUUUAUCAAAACUAGACUAUGGCGACCAGAUGUAUUCUGUGGCCUCUACCACAACUCUUUCUAAACGGGUUUCCAUUCAUCAUCAGGGAUUACUUUUAUGUCUAGGUGCUUUUUGUUCCUCCCCUGUCCAGAGCCUACAUGCAGAGGCGAAUGUUCCAUCCUUGAAUAACUGACAUGAUGCCCACCGCCUCUGUUAUUUUGUCCACCGUCAUGAUCUUCAUGAUCCUUCUACAUACAAGAUAAAAACGGACUUUAGUAGAGGCUCAUUAUUUGUUCACUGUCCCUGUUUAUUCCAUCUCUUUUCUCUUCGUCUUCACUCGCUAUUGGCUUCUCUUCAAUUGCCCCCUUUAUACCUGGAGUAUACCUGCAGAGGGUUUCGGAGGUCAAUGCCCUCGUGGCUCAGUCUGUGACCAGGCCUCAUGGUAGAUCAGGACCUGAACAACCAGGCUGUUACUGUUGGCCGCACGCAACCCAACGUACGAACCACAGCCUGGCUGGUCAGGUGCUCACUUUAGGUGCCUGUCCUGUGCCUUCUUGAAGACAGCCAGGGAUCUAUUGGUAAUCCCCCUUAUGUAUGUAUCUAACUUUGCUCUUUAUCCUUGGGAGAUUCCGAUGGUUCGAGUCUGUUCUUCUCCAGUGCCGUGUGUGUAAGCUCGAAUACCUACAGUUGCUUCUCGCUCCCUUUUUCUCAACCACUUUCAGUCUCAUUCUCAUGCCAUUGCAGUUUACACUGAUGGUUCUACAUAAUCUGAUGGUGUCAGGUUUGCAGCAGUGUUCCUGGACAAUGUCAUGAAAGAUCAUUUAUUUGACCUGACGAGCAUUUUCACCACUGAACUGCAUGCAAUUCUCAUAGCAAUUAUAUGUAUUGCAUCCAGGCCUACCUCAACAUCUCUGAUAGACUCAAACUUUUAGGGCUUUGCAAGCUAUCAAAAAAUUUAAUUCGCCUCAUCCCCUAGUUACACUGCA